UCUGUAUCUAGAGUCUGUAUCUAGCAGUCUGUUGGCUGUUGCUGACAGAGUAUGGCUUACUAUAUGGUAGUGGAUGGUAAUUGACUCUUUCUUGACAUCCGCCAGGCUUUAGGCUUCCUUUGCCCCAACACGGCCGCCACUCCAAGUUUACUCACUUCCCAAUCCACUCACCCACCGCCGCCGAGCAUAUGAAUCACAUCCGCCUAGAAUCAAAUACGCUGCUCACGCCCACGCCGACCAGACGACCACAUUCACACACAACCCAACUAUCGCCAGCCCACUCAACUGGCCCAUCCACCCAUCCAUCUAUCCAUCUAUCCAUCUAUCCAUCCACCCACCAUCUAUCCAUCCAGUCCAUUCCACAAUAUCUUACACCACCACCACCACUAUAAGACACCGCCUCCUCCCUCUCCCUCCAACCCUUCCCCUUCCCCUUCCCCUUCUCCUCCGCUCCCCCACUACCUACUUAUUACUCGACCAUUCAAAAACUCAAAAAUUCAAACGACCGCCCGCCUUGCCUCCUUACUUAACGACGUCGGCCUGCCUAUCCCACCUUUGCCACUUUCCACGCACCCACGCAUCCCGCUGCUACCUCCACUACGGCCACCCAAGACUGCCCACCGACCCGCCAACAGAACAAAGAAACCCCAAACGCAUCCCUCCGCUUCCAUAAACCCCCAGAACCCGCCACAACAACCUCGCUCCAACAUCAUCAUCGCACAUUUUGUCCUCCUGCAUUUACGCGACAAGGACUACGAUUCCAGGCUGACCAUUUUCUUUCCGCUGUCGGAUUGGAUUGAAGGUCACAUCUCCGCCCACCUCACUUGCGUGGCGCGGCGGAUGACAAACCCCAACGGCUGCCUUCCAUUGCCUUCUCGGGACGGGCUUAGGAAGUAAUCCUUCGCUCUUAACAUCGUCGUCAUCUCUCUUCGAUCAAUCCAGUCCAUCAAUCACAUCGAAAACCUUCUACAAUCCUACAAACGCACAAUCGCCACAUCGCAAUGGCGACCAACAACCCCCACAAGCAGCUCGCCAUGAGCGCCCUCAUGUCGCCACCUGAAGCGACGCCCUACGACCGCUUCCCGACCGCAGAACUCCUCUCCUCCUCACCCUCAGCGGGCGACUCCCGCAAGAAAUCGUCAAUCGGAGCGAAGUUGCAAUUCCUCUCGCCACCCGUGUCGCCCGACACACCCACGACAGCGGGUCCCUCCUCCUCCCCCGCAACCUUCGACUCGCGAAUCCGCGACCCAAUCCUCUACCCCCCCACCGCAACAGAGAGCGACCACAUCCCCCAACCUCCCCUCUUCGCCCCCUCGCCGCAACCCCAAACCCCGACGCACACCCACGACUCCCCCACCAACCGCCUCGUGGACCAACACAUCUCCCACGCCCACCGCAAACACCUCUUCCGCGCCACCUCGCCCCCCGACCGCUCCGACUACAUCCUCGCCAUCGAGUUCCGCUCCCAGGUCAUGCGCAACUACAUCCGUGACCCGGACGCCUACCUCGCCCGCGAGCGCAAGUACCUCAUCGACGCCUCGCGCAUCCGCGCUGCCGCCACCUCCUCCCGGUCGCCCGCCAAAUCCUCACCCCGCAGCAACAACAACAACAACAGGGCCUACCCGGCCCUCGCACCCAGCCCCGCCGGCGUAUUGGCCUCGCGACCGCGGGCGCCGCCGAAGCCCCGCGCGAAGCCGAGGAGAGAUAGGACGGCGACGCCGGAUGCGCCGAGUCGGAGCCGCAAUACGGGGACGUGCACGAGGGAGGAUAAGGAGUUUCAUCUCCUCCCCGAUCUGUGCCCGGUGAUUGGGUCGCGCUUGCGACCUAAUGCUUUGAAGGUCGAAUGGAAGGGCGCGCCGCUGGAUUUGUCUGCGGAUCCGCACCGGGCGCUGCUGGAUCCGGAGGAGGUUUUUCUGGCUGCUAAUCUGAGGCUCGAUUGCGCGACGUACUUGACGAGUAAGAGACGCAUUUUCGUCGCCCGUCGCGAGUGUUGGGCCGGUACGUGGGGAGGGAAGGGGAAGAAAGAGUUUAGAAAGACGGAUGCGCAGCAGGCUUGCAAGAUUGAUGUUAAUAAGGCGAGUAAGCUGUGGAUGGCGUUUGAGAAGGUGGGGUGGCUGGAUGAGAAGUGGUGUGUCUAGGGAG